UUUUAACCUUAUCUCGCCUAUGACGUCAUAUUAAAUCUAUCUGACAAGCAAAUAUUUGACAUUUGACAUUUGAAGCAGAGAGUGUGACGGAAGCGGCGCUAUAAGCGGUGGGGGAGUACGUUAAAUUUAAAACGAAUUUGAAUUGACAAGAGGAAGACACAUAUGGGCCAUUUUAAAUAUCUCAAGCUAUGGAUAAAGGAGGCAUGCAUGAAGCUUUAGAAAGUCACUGAGGUGUAAAUUCCCUCUCAGCAGUAUUCUUGAAUCAUUGACGACGUUUUGUAAUGAAGUAUAGCUGUGAUACCUAGACCCGGAGUUUAAUACUAGUUAACCUUCUUGUCAAGAAUGAUUGAGCUCUGCUCUCGUCGCCGAAUGAUUGCAGCUAUUAUAGUACUUGUUUGUGUGAGCAUCAUCAUUGUGCUGUUGGAGAACAUCUUAACCCCGGACGGUGUGCACGGCCGGCGCGUAGCUGUCAGCUCAGAGGCUCCCCUGCCGCCUGCGCACAACCUGUCCUCGGCCCUGCCGGCGACAGCGCUGCCAGAGUCUGCGCCCAGCCAGCGGCACUGCUGGGAGAGUCAGACGUUCACAGUCGCUCGCCCCUGCCGCCGGUGUACGGGAUUUGAGAAGGCUAGUGGAAGCGUCCCCGAAUGCGCGCAUAGCGAUUACAUCGAGCUGCUCAACUGUGAGAAGGACGGAAAGGUGUACAGAGGGUGUGACGGCGCGCGGGACCGGGGCCAGCGCCAGUUCUGGCUGCUCGAGCUCAUCUCACUGUGCUCGGCGCUGGUGUCGGGCGGAGCGGUGAUCGUCCGUCAGCGGCAGCUGGAGCGCACCGCCCUCGGCAAGAUCCAGCGCCAGCUGGCCGCUCAGGUACACGACCCGCGGCCGGCCGGCGAGGACCGGUUCGCCUGCCGGCUGGGCCCGCAGCCGGGCGACGCCGACUGUCUGGGUGACGGCGGCGGACUGCGCAUCUACCUGCCGUGUCUGAGCAGCUCGGGCCUGGUGCCGGCCGAGACGGCCGCCGCCCUGCUGGCGCUCCGCGGCGCCGGCGUGCCGGCCCACUGGCUGCAGCCGGUGCUGGUGACGGGCGCCCAGUGGCCGGGCGCGCCGGUGGCCGUGCGGCUGCCGCGGCCGGCCGUAGCCGAGGCGCAGCUGCCGGCAGAGGUGGCCGACUGCCGGCUGCCGGCCGUCCACCUGCCCGCCGAGCGGCUCUGCGUGGCCGGCCUCUGCGCCGUGGUGCGCCGCGCUGUGAAGACGGUGGACGGUCUGCGCUGGCCGGACGGCGGCCACUACUGCCGCCGGGACGACAGCCUGCUCGGGUUCCGCCGCGGUACCCUGGCGCCGCCCGCCGACGCCUCACUGUGGACGCGCUUCUGCGAGAGGGACGUGCCGGAGGCGCUGCGGGCCGCGCUGGCCGCCACACGGGGUCCGAGUGCAGCGGUGGGCGCCGGUACUGCCGGGUCCGUGAACGGCUCGGGGCCGGCCCCCGUCCCGAACGGCUGUGACCACUCUGCCGAGGAGUUAGCUGCCGAUGGCAAGGCGUCAUCUGCUGGGUCAGAUGGCGCUGUUGUCACCCCGCCGCCGGCCUCGACCGACGCCGGCGGCUGCUCCGAUCGAGUGAAGUUCACCGUUCCGGCGGAGCUGCUCCAGUUCGAGCACCACAUGCACCAGCCACUGCGCGUGCACAACGUGUGGAAGCAGGACCAGGCGUCAGGCGGCACGGUGCGCGCCUGGGGCAGCGGCGAUCACCGCACGGCGCUGCAGUGUGUGCGCCACACGUACGCCGAGGGCCACGUGCUGACCAUCAGUGACCUGCUGCUGUACCCGUGCCUGCGCCUGCUGACGGAGGCGCUGCGGCCGCACGGGCUGCGGCUGUCCGAGGCCGCGCCGGCCGUCAGUCAGUGGAUGGCGGCCGUGGAGGCCGUCCCGGGUCUGGCGGAGACGUGGGCGGCGUGCUUCCCGCCGGAGCAGCCGGGCCAGCCGGGACCCCGUCUGGCGCUCAGCCUGCCGGUGGUAGCGCCGCAGAGCCUCUACAAAAAGGACCCGGCGCGCUACAAGCCUAAGAGUCGGCUGUUCACCGUACAGUCGGAGGUGGCCGCCGCCCUGGAGCGGCUGGAGGCGGCGCGCUUCGUCAGCCGCGUGGCGGCGCACCCGGGCAGCGGCCAGCUGCGGCUCGACUGGAGCGCGCUGCCGGCCGCCGCCAGCCCGGCCGAGGGCGGUCUGCCCGCCAGCCGGCUGGCCCGCAAACAGCACCAGCUCGAGAACCUGGCCUGGCUGGCGGUGCGCGCCGCACGGCCCGGCGACACCAUCGUCGACUUCUGCUGCGGCGGCGGCCACCUGGGUCUGCUGCUGGCGGUGCUGCGGCCAGACUGUCACGUGGUGCUGGUCGAGAACAAGGAGGAAUCGCUGCGCCGCGGACAGGACCGCGCGGCGGCCCUCAACCUGACCAACGUCAGCCUAUAUCAGUGCAACAUGGAGUUUUACCGGGGCCAGUUCCAGCUGGGCGUGGCGCUGCACGCGUGCGGCGUGGCCACCGACCUGGUGGCCGAGCGGUGCCUGGCCGCCGGCGCCGCGCUCGUCUGCUGCCCCUGCUGUUACGGCGCUGUGCACGACUUUGGCUCUGUGCGCUACCCGCGCAGCGCGGCCGGCCGGCGCACGGGCGCGGCGCCGCGCGACUGGCUCGUGCUGGGCCACGCGGCCGACCAGACGCACGCGGACGGCUCGGAGAAGUCGCGCCAGGGCCGCCGGUGUAUGGCGCUGGUGGACUCUGACCGGGCGGCGCACCUGCGCGAGGCCGGUUACCGCGUGCUGCUGACGGUGGCCGAGCCGGCCGACUGCAGCGAGAAGAACCACCUGCUGCUGGCCGUGCCGCCGCGCUGGGACGGCGACCACGCCCUGCUGGCCGCCGGCGCCGCCGCCGCCGAGCGGGCCGAGGCGGCCGCCGCCGACUGACCGCCGCCCGGCGUCUGCUGCGGGAACCCGCCGCCGCUGCGGCUGCCGGCAGGACUGAGGGACGCGUGAGUCGGGCCGCGGCAAACUGUGGGCGGCGGUUCUAGGAGCGGCGUUACGGGGUAUAUUUAACGAAAUGUCGCCGCUGCUUUUCUAAGACAUCUCGAGUUUGAUUACACCAUUGAUUAUUGAAUCAUGAAAUGUUGUAAUAAACGUUGACGUUUUAAA